AGCCUCUGGCCAGUUUGGUGUGAGCGGUAGCGGAGGCAAGGGCGGAGAGUGCGCGGAGACGGCGAGGGUGCUCCGUGCCGAGCGAGCCGCGCAGUGCAGGGAGCACGCAGUGAGGAAGCAGACGACACGACUCGCACGCCCAGCGCGGCCCAGCGCCGCACCGCGCACGGCAGGGCACCGGCGCCGGCACACUGUUCAGUGACGUGCCAGCGGCAGCCAGCGGCCAGGCACCGCAGUGGAUGACGACUUCCUCCGCAACCCAGUGGCGGUGACAGCAGCGACACCGGGCACGACGACGGCCACCACGGGCCUGUCAUAACAACACCAGCUCCAGGAUGGGCAAGAAGGGGACCAAGCGCAAGACGAGGUGGCGCGUGCUGCCCAUCGGCGAUGACGGCUCCGAGGACGAGGAGAGUCGCGACGAGGACCGCGGCGCGCAGAGGCACUGGAAGCCGCGGCCAAGAUUCAACCAGCACCACCAGGCCCAGAACGGCGGCGCGGCCUCGGGCCAGGAGAAGAGGACGUUCAACGAGGAUGAGUACACCCGAAUCACGACGCCCCGACAGGACGUGCUGUUCAAGAAGGGAUACCUGGGCCGCAAGCGCCCGACGGAGCCCGGCACCGCCACCAACGGGUAUGCCAACGGGUACGCCAACGGCGCGGCCAACGGCUACCCCAACGGCAGCGCCAACGGCUCGACGAACGGCGACGGAGCGCUGCACAAUGGAGAGAGCGUGGACGCAGACUGUGGUGAUGGCUCCGACCUGAUGGACGACCAGGCAUACUACUAUCCUGGAGCCUUCGUGGACCCUGCCACCGGCAUGUACUACGUGAACGGUGGCGGCUACGAGAUGUACGACCCCUACACGGGCGCGGUGACGGUGGUGGUCGGCCCCGGCCCCGGAGGCAUGAUGGGCUUGCCGCCCAUGGGACUACCGCCGCUCGAAUGGUUCAACCCCCGGCUGCCGCCGCCGCCUCACGGCCCUCACCACGGGCCGCCCAUGUCCCCCCACAUGGGCCCCCCGCCGCCCCACGGCCCCCACGGCCCCGUGCCGUCCGACUACUGCUACAUGCACGGCCGGAAGCGCUACUCUGUGGACUCGCAGAAUUGCUCGGGUCCCAGUUCCGAAUCGGCUGGCUCGGGCCCGCCCAGCGGGCCGCCCAGUGGGCCUCCCAGUGGGCCUCCCAGUGGACCCCCCAGCAGUCCCCAGGACUGCGACUCCGUGGGACUGCCCGGUGGCGCCAGCCCGGGCCCCAGCCCCGGACCACCCAACCUACCCCCGAUGGGGCCCCUGCCCUAUCCCCCACCCCCUUACAUGUACCAGUACAUGUUCGGCACCCCGCUCUACAGUCUGGACGGAGUGUCAGUCCAAGGGGGCCCGCCGUACGGACCUGUCUGUGAUGUAAACGCGGUCGGCAAGCGACGCAAGAAGAAACGGAGGAGGAAGAGGAGGCGAGGGGGAACGGACGAGGGCUCCGAAGAGUCGAGCUCCGAGGACAACCAGUUGGAGGAGGGUGAGGGCGCCGGCCCGUCUAGCCUCAGCGGCCAGUCGGUGGAGGACUCGUCCCAGGCGUCGGCCCAGGCCACGCCGCCGGACAGCGACGCGUUCCCCGAGUUCGUGCCCAAGGCCGCCGCCGUCUCCGCCGUCUCGACGCUGAACGGCAACGCGUCCGCUUGGGAGCCGUCGAGCAUCCUAACGCCACCGCAGACGCCCACGGCCUGCGUCGCCGACGUCGCCGACGUCAGCACUGCACUCUCAGCGCCCGUCCAGGAGGGAACCUGCGAAAUCGGCUCCAAUCACACCCCGGAGCCCGAGUUGCACAACGGGGUGGCCGAGCUCACCAUCGACGUGGAGGAAGUGCUUCGGCCCCAGGCUGACGAGCAAGUUCUAGUCCCUCCGAGUCCACCAGCGGACGCGUCGCCGCCCGCCCCGCAGCCGGAGCAUCAGCAGCCCUCCAGCGUCCCCGCAGAACCAUUGUGUGUCGUGGACAAGUCCGCGGCCACCGCAGAGCCGCCAGCAGACGCACCAGCAUUGCCAGUGGCGCCGUCUGCCGCCCCGGCCGAGCCAACGCUUGCAGAGGCCCCCAACCAGUCCCAGACCGUCGAGAAGGGGGCGGCGGAGGCAGCGCCGAUUGCCGCGGCCUCGCCACUAGAGUCCUCGACACCGUUUCCCAGCCAGGUCGAGCAAGCCCUGCAGCUGGAAGCGAAGCGGAGUGCGCCGCUGCUCAACGGUCAAGUGCCUUGUGUGGCCAAGAAGGCCGUGUCGGAGGCUGCCCUCCCUCUCGUCAACGGCGAGUGUGUCGCCCCCGCCAAGAAGGCCCUAGAGUCUGUGGAGAAGGUGCCCGUGUGCAACGGGCAAGUGAUAUGUUUAACGGAGGCUGUGGAAGUAGAGGCCCAGACGUCACCAUCCCCGUGUAUUGAGACCUCGAGUCAAUCUGGGAAGAACUCGUCUGAACUCAGGACAGGGAAUGAAACUUUUGAGGUCAUUUUGAAUAACAAAAAUGAUUUAAAAGAGAAAGGGAAGGCCAAUCAAAACAAUGCUGUGAAUGAAGAAAUUGUGAAAGGAGACAAACUUGUGAAUGGAUCCAAUGGUAAAGUUAAGAAAAUUAAAAAUAAAUCUAGUCCAAACCGCCGGGAAUCGAAUGGGUUCGCCGAAAAGGCUAGGUUAAGUGCGUCGCCGUCGCGCGACGCUGAUGCUGGAGCUGUCACGGAGAGCAAGGAGGAGUGUGAUAGCGUGCAGCCCGCACCAAGCCGAGGGGAGGCCGUGCCCGCCGUGCCCGCCGCGCCCGCCGCGCCCGCCGCCAAGACCAAAGGGCCCUCGGCCAAGAGGAAAGCGCCUAAGAAGGGACAAACUGCCAAGACUGAUCUCAGCUCAAACGGUGGCGGUUGCAAUGGCGUGAUGGAAGCCACGCCCCCAGCGACGCCGGUCACGCCCCCCGCGGGGCCCCCCGCGGUGGACGACGCCGAGGCCCUGUCGCUGCGGCCGGAGACGUCCCUGGCGUGGGGCCGUCGCGUCGACGACGCCAAGGUGCGGCCGGUCGACGACGUGCUGCUUGAGGCACUUGUCGGCACGGUGCAGAGCGGCGAGACCAAAGUCGACAUUCCCGUGGACACUGCGCCCCCCGCCCCGACGGCGCCGCGACUCGUCGCCGAGACCGAGCCGGAGCCGCGGUCACCCUCACCUUCCCCUGUUGAGCACCAGUCCAGUGAGCCUAAGGAAAACAGACUGACGCCGUCCUCGGCGCACCGCCGGCCUAAGAAGUGGAGGCAGAACGCCAAGGAGCGGGCGCCCACGCCGGGCAGAGAGCUGACGACCAGCUCGUCGUCGCUGUCCUCGGACGAGGCGGACGAGGGCGAGACCGUCAUCUUCAUGUCGCCGCUGGCCGCAGCUGCCACCACCACCGCCACCCCAGCCACCACCUCCGCGACGGGGCAGGAGCAGGCGGCGAGCAGGGAGUCGCCGCUGCGCAUCACGGAGGCCGUGACGGCGUGGCUGCGUGACCACGAGGACGAGGACAUCCUAGUGCCUCCCCCGUCGCUCGCGCUGCCCUCGGACUCUGACUCGGAAGCCGAGGACGACACCGCCGACGAGGAGGACGUGGAGCAGGAGCAAAUGACCGGUCCAAAAAACGCGAUAGGCAACCCUUUCCGUGCAUCAUCUCAUAGCAGCACCAGCAGCACCACCCUCGCCGGCCCGGGCCGCGGCGAGGCCGUGGAGGAAAGGGUUGCCCCGCAAGACGAGGCCGAGACUGAGGCCGCCUGGGACACGCUGUGUGACCCCAGCCUGUUCGUGGCCAAGUACUACCGAUUCGGCGAGGACCCGCAGGACACUUUGCCGCCCGUCGUGGCCCUCGAGCUGCGCCCCGACCUAGACAUCAGGUUCGGGGUGAGGUCGGCCAGGACGUCGCCGGACAAACAGAUCGACGUCAACCUUGGACUCUCGGAGCAGCACGAUUCAGGCGUGCACUCGGACGAGUCCGGGGACGAGAACAACACCCCGACCAAGGAGAGGGCCGUCCACGACGUCCACGCCCAGGCUGAGGAGUUGGCAGCCAAGUCGGCGUACUUGCUGAGGCAGCUCAAGGGACAGAGCCCCGGUGUCCCGUGUGGCGGCAUUUGCUGCGCGCUUCAGUGAUCAUCCACUCAUGUUCAUGUUCUCUUUUUGUUCCUUUUUUUUUUUUUGUCUGGGGAAAUUGUGAAGACUAUUUUUUUGCAUGCUCAUUUUUCUAGCCUGUUCGGCCUCAUGGUAUACAAGGAAAAAAAAUACUGUAAGACACAAAUGAAAUCACCAAAGUAUUUUUCAUUAAUGGUAUUUAUUUAUGGUUUAAUGGUUUUACCUUUUUGUUUGGUUGUGUGGGCGGGAGGCCGCUAUCUCGUGACGCUGUCGGUCUUUGGUUUUAUUGUGAUUCCUGAUUGAAAAGACUGGAAGCAGAACGCUGGGCUGGCGGCUGCGAAGCGGUGAACCAGUUACCAUACUCUACUGUUUUAAGCAAGUUGUGGCUAUAUCCUCUAUUUUCAAAGUUGAGUUUUUCUAAUGAUUGUUAAAACGUUGAAACUUGCAGUUGUUCUGAAAUUGUUAUUUGCUACAAUGAUUUUUACCAGCUUUAAUGCCUGGUUGUUGUUGCCAUAUUGUUGACAUUUUUGUAAUGGCAGUGCAGUUUGCCCAGAUAUUUUUCUGAACCGUGGUUGAAGGUUCAGUUUGCAUUUUCAAACACUUGCUGAGGGAGUGAGAUUAAUUAUGAUAUCUUUGAAGUUUGUGUAACUUCACUCAUGCUUAUCGUCAUGAUAGCAUUCUUCAGCUUGCAUGGAUGUCCUAGUUGAUUUGUUGUCGUUGUUGAUAAAAUUUUAAAUUUAAUUCUUUAGUCAUAGAAAGUAAAGUCAAAGUAAAAAUGGCCAAUCUUCACUUAUUGCUCCAAAAUGUUAUAGCGUACACAGCCUGUGUAUUGCCAGGCUCGUAUCAUGUAAAUCCAAGUUAGAACAUUAAUUUGAGAUUAGAUUCGUACGCUAGGUUUAGAACAAGUUGUAUGUAAUUGCUCAAAAGUAGCAAGGCUUUGUUUGGACAUCCAUGUUUUCUUCUCCCCAUGACAGUGAUAAGUGUCUGCAUUGCUGCAUUAUUUCUUGUUUUGUUUGAGAGUUUGUAACUGCAAACUGUCUUGUUAUGACGCCGCCGUAAUCUGGAAGGGUUUGAAGAUCGCGUUUGUUCUGUACUCUCCCUGUACCUUACUUACAAUAUGACUGAGAAAUAUUAAUAAACAUGAUGUAUUGUUACAAA